AUGGCUACAGAUCAAAGAGAAUUGACAUCAGAUGGGUCUGUGGAUUUGAAGGGACGACCAACUGUAAGGGCGAAGACUGGAGGGUGGAAAGCUUGCUCUCUCAUCAUUGGUAUUCAUUUUUCAGCAUUUUCCUUUUUACCAAUGAAAGAAUUCAUUUCUGAGAAUUGCAGUGUUGGCUAUGAAGUUGUGGAAAGAAUGGCUUUUGCGGGCAUUUGGGCAAACUUAGUGGUCUAUCUGACAAAAACAAUGCACGAAGGCACUGUGCCUUCCUCUAGGAAUGUCACCAAUUGGAUUGGCACUUUAUGCCUUACACCAUUACUCGGAGCAUAUAUUGCUGAUACAUACCUGGGCCGCUUCCGCACAUUUGCAGUCUUUUCAACUAUUUAUAUCACAGGAAUGGGGACUAUGAUUUUAGCAGUUACAUUGAGUUCUUUGAGGCCACCAGAUUGCCCAUCAAAUGAAGGCUGCAAAAAGGCUACGUCUUUGCAGAUUGGGAUUUUCUACUUUGCUUUGUAUCUUCUUGCUUUAGGAGCAGGGGGAACCAGACCAAAUAUCACCACUUUUGGAGCAGAUCAGUUUCAUGAUUUUGAUUCCAAGGAAAAGUUGCAGAAGACUUUUUUUUUCAAUUGGUGGAUUUUAAUUCUGUUCGGUGGCAAUAUGCUUGGUCAGACGUUUCUUGUGUAUGUGGAAGAUCACAUCAAUUGGGGAGUGGCUUCUACAAUUAUCAUCAAAGGACUUGUAAUAGCCUACGUGGUGUUCAUGAUAGGAACUCCAUUUUACAGAUACAAAGCUGUCUCAGGUAGCCCGCUGCAACGAAUGGCAAAAGUAAUUGGUAAGACGUUUCAGAACUGGAAGGAGCAGGUUCCUUCAGAUGCAUCGGUCCUCCAUGAAGUGGGUUCAGAGGACUACUUUGUUCAUGGCCGAUAUCCUAUUGCUCACACAAAUCUUCUCAGAUUUCUGGACAAAGCAGCAAUACAAAAGGGCACAAGCUCAAAUCCAUGCACUGUAACAGAUGUGGAGGAAACAAAGCUGCAAGCCACCACACUGGAGAGGCAUAUGGGUCCUCAUUUUGAAAUUCCAGCUGCUAGCAUUGGAGCUUUUCUUCAGAUAUCCAUCAUAAUGUCUCUUGUAAUCUAUGAUCGCUUCUUAGUUAGCAUAUGCAAGAGAUUCACAGGAAAUCCUCGAGGCAUAACUAUAUUACAGCGAAUGGGGAUUGGUAUGGUACUAUAUACUAUUGCUAUGGUAGCGGCUAUGCUAACAGAAAUGAAAAGGUUGGAUGUUAUUAAAAGCCAUGGGCUUGGAGAUAAUGCUAAUGCAAUUGUGCCUCGAACCAUCUUCACACUGCUCUCACAGUUUAUUAUAAUGGGAAUUGCUGAAGCGUUUCUAGAAGUGGCUAGAAUUGAAGUUUUUUAUGAUCAGGCUCCUGAGAGUAUGAGAAGUUUGGGAACUGCAUUGUAUUUAUCUUCCACAGCUAUUGGUGCCUUCCUCAAUGGUGUUCUUUUGACUGCUGCAAGUGAUAUAACAGGGCGACAUGGGCACAAAAGCUGGAUUUUGAAUAACGUGAAUGCAUCACGAUUUGAUUACUAUUACGCCCUCCUGGCUCUUGUAAAUUUUGUGAACUGCAUUUUCUUCUUCAUUAUCUCUUCCUUCUAUACAUACAAAGGAGAAACAAGUGAAGCUCAGGUUACUGCAAACGAAUCGGACAAAGAGGUCCAGACUAUUGUUAGCAUCCAAACUCAUAUUUAG